AGCGAUGCUUGUCUGUGAGCAGCGGCUGGGGCUGGCAGAGCAGCCUGGAGGCGGGCCAGGGCGCCAUGGAGGCAGGGGGCUCCCUAGGUUUGGAACAAAGACCUCACAUGCAGGUCCUCUGAGCCUGGGCCAGGAGGAUGGUGGUGGAGCCCGGGAGAGGCCGCAGGCAGGAUGGCUGGUGCUGAGAGGAGUCGGCAGGGACCCUGGUGCCCAUAGGAGCAGCUCCAUCUCCUGAAGAUGAAGGGGCCCAGGUGAAGCACAGGCCAGGCCCAAUGGCCAGCUCCAGGAUGGAGGUCCACUGGGCCGAGCCAUGCCUGGGGAAGGGGCCCCGGCGUCGGCGCUGGGCCUGGGCUGAAGAGGGAAAGGAUGAUAAUGGGAGUGGCACCCACAGCUUGGGAAUAGAGGACCCCUGUCCCAGUGCUACCAGCCCUGAGCUCCUAGAGGACUUCUGCAGGGCCCAGCAGAGCCUGCAGCCACUGGCCUGGGGCCUGGACUCACAGCCUGAUGGGCACCCAGAUCCUGAAUCAGAGGAGUCUGCAGAAGAGGAGUCUGAAGCAGAGGAUGUGGACAGCCCAGAAAGUUCCAACUUGCCUCUCAGCUGGCUCCCUCAGCAGGACCCUCAACUGGACAUGACUGAAGAGGAGGCAGAUGAGGCCCCGGGAGGUCCUGAGGUCCAGGAAACUGAAGAGAUCCCUCCGAGGUUGGGGUAUGAGACUGAUCUCAGCCCCGGGGGCAAUGGGAACACCAGCUCCACGGCUCUGGGGUGGGAUCAGCCCACAGGCUGGGUGGCUUCUGAUAAACAAGCCAGUGAAGACAAACUUCCAGAACAUUCUGAGGUCAACCCAACUAUUGACUUCAGCCCUGCAAGGUCCUGGAGCAGUGGAACCGUGAGCCUCAAUCACCCCAGUGACAGCCUUGAUUCCACCUGGGAAGGGGACGCUGAUGUCCCCCAGCCCCCUGCCCUGGCAGAAACGUCACCGCAGAGCCCCAGCCACCAUCUCCUGAACCCAAGCGACAGAACUGGAGGAAGCGUUGCUCUGGCAACCCCCACAGAAUUCCAGGAGUCCUCCGCGCCUCCAGCCCAGAGCCUCCAGUGUCCUGCCGAUAGAUGGAGGGGAGAAGCUACCAGCCUCCCCUGCCCUCAGCCUGGGGACCAGGCCUGGAAGCGGACCCGGAUAUCACCUAAGCCGCUGCCUUCUCGAUUCACCGGCUCCAUCAGCCCCCAGAGCUCCUCGCCUCGGCCAGCUCGGCAGGGCAGGCCGCCGCCCAGGCCAGGAGCCACUCUGGCUGGCCACUCAUCUUCUGAUGCCCCCAAGUACGGCCGGGGGCGGCUGAACUACCCACUCCCUGACUUCUCCAAGGUGGGACCCCGGGUGAAGUUCCCCAAAGAUGAGACCUACCGCCCCCCCAAGGCCAGGAGCCACAGCAGGCUACCUGAGGGCCCUGCCAGGCCGCUGAUCUUCAAGUCACCUGCCGAGAUUGUGCGGGAGGUGCUGUUGAGCAGCGGAGAAGUCAGCCCCAGAAAGGACCUACCUCCUACCCACCCCAUCACCAAGGUACCCCAGGAAUUUCAGACGCCUGAACAAGCCACCAAGCUGGUCCAUCAGCUCCAAGAGGACUACCACAAGCUGCUCACCAAGUAUGCCGAGGCCGAGAACACCAUUGACCAGCUGCGCUUCGGGGCCAAGGUCAACCUGUACUCAGACCCGCCCCAGCCCAGCUGCAACAUCCACACGGGGACGGUGCCCCAGGCCACCAAGGUCUUGUCCUUCACCAUCCCACAGCCCCGCUCUGUGGAGCGGUGGCCGGGCCCCGCCGAGGGCCUGCAGGCUUCUGAGGCUCCAGGGUGGCCGUCAACUGGAGGAGACCUGAGCCCCUCCUCCCCCGCCAGCGUGGCGGCGCUAGGCCGGCUUCCAGAGAAUUCGAGCAUCGCCCCAGAGCCCCGCUCAGCAGAGUGGGCCCAGGACCUGGCUUCUCAGGCCGGCCGGUUCCUGGCCAAGGUGGAGGUCUUUGCAGAACUGAUACAAGCAGGACGGCUGACCCCCGGAGACCAACGCAAGGGCUUCCAGCGGCUAAAGGCUGCUCACGUGGCCCUGGAGGAGGAGUACCUGAAGGCCUGCAGGGAGCAGCACCUGGCUGAGCAGCUUGCCGGCUCCAAGGGGACACCCAGGAAAUUUGAUCCCGACAGGGAGCUGGAGGCGGAGAUAUUCCAGCUGGGCAUUCGCCUGGAUGAGCUGAAGGACUACAUGGACCAGAGGCAGCAGGAGCCUGAGCCAGGCGGGUCAGAUGUGGCUCAAGACAGCCCCCCAGCCGUGCCCUCCCCCCACCAGCCAACGGACCUGCCCUCUCCUUUGGAACAAGCCCCCACACCAGCCCUCCAGACCCUCUGCCCCGAGCUCAACACCAGCAGCCUUGAGCCCCACCCAUUGCACGUGAACUUGGAUCUGAGCGCUACCAGCAAUGAGGUAGAGGACAGGCCGCUGGGCCUCCCGGCCCCACUCAGACACAAGGAGCUGCAGGUGGAAGAGGACGUCCACGGCCUCCUAGAGCGGUACCUCAGUGUGAAGCCCCUCCCAGAAGCCGUGAGGAUGGAGGAGGAGGAAGGGGAGGGGCAGGGCCACACCCUGCAAGUCGACGGGCAGGCUCCAGCUCCAGGAAGAGCGGCCACCAGGCUCCCCACCAGGCAGCUCCUGGCGAUGCAGGCUGAGAGGGGUCACAGGCCCCCCCUCGAGGAGACCGGGGAGCAGAUGACGUCAAUGAAGCCAGCAGACUCCCAAGCAUCCAUGGCCAGAGAGGGGCACCUGCGGGGCCUGGGCAAAGCCGGGGUGGCUCCUCCAGGCCCAAGAAGACCCCCCCACCCUCAGGGCACCAAGUCCGCAGCGUCCCACCAGAGCAGUUUGACCAGCCUAGAGGGAAGUGGCAUCUCUGAACGCCUUCCACAGAAGUCUCUGUGCCAAGCUGGCAGGCCCGCCCUGGAGGAGCCCUGGAUGGCAUCCCCCGAGACAGACAGUGGCUUUGUGGGCUCAGAAACCAGCAGAGUGUCGCCCCUCGCUCAGACCCCAGAGCACCGGCUCACCCAGAUCAGCACCCCAGGGACGUUAGCCCAUUCCUUCACUCCGUCGGUGCCCCGAGACGCAGCCUCCCAUCACCAGACCAGGGGUCUUCCUGUCCCCAGAAGAGCUACCGAGCCCAGCACACCCAGGAGCCGAACCCAGGACAGCCCUCUCCGGCAGAGGGCACCCAGCUUCUGCCUGGAGCGGGCCCUGGCAGCCGACGUGGCAGCCCCCGGUUCAGCGCUGAAGGGGCGAAAGCGGAUUUCCGAACAGCUCUCCCGCAGCACGACAAUCAGCCCGCCCCCGCCCCUGGCCCCUGCUGGUGCCGCUCCACCCCGUGGACCAACAGAGAGCACCUCCACCCUCCUCCUCACCAGGACGGGGCGAGACCAGGCCAUCCGCGAGCUGCAAGAAGAGGUAUCCCGGCUGCGGCUGCGGCUGGAGGACAGUCUGCACCAGCACCCCCAGGCCAGCCUGGAGCGCCCAGCGUCCACCUUUGACCGCCCUGCCCGGGCCCGGGACCGGCCAGCGGGUUCCUGGGCCACUUGGGGCUCUCAUUACGGCAGCAAAUCCACAGAGAGAUUGUCUGGUGAGCCUGGGAGUGCAGAGCAAGGAAGGCGGCGAGCCAGGUCCUCCUCGGUGCCUCGGGAGGUGCCCCGACUGUCCCUGAGUUCGGAAUCUGAGCCCACCUCCCCCAGGCUGUUCCCUGAGAAGGGCAGGACCGCUGAAGAUAGUUCACAGGCAGCUCGGGAUGGAACGAGAGGAGUGGCCAGUUCCGGACAGCCAGACAGGGUCACCUUCCAGGGCCAAUACACAGGCCAGGAGUACCAUGUUCUGACCCCCAAGACUGUCCUGAGAGGCAAUGGCCCAGUUUCCUGUCCCCACUGUCGACCCGUUAGGACCCAAGACCCAGGUGGUGCUGUCACCAAGGACCCACUGGGACCAUCUCCUGCUGGGACCCUGCAGUGUCCCCUGUGUGGUCAAGCUGGGUCCCCCUCCGAGGGGACUGGCCCAGACUCAGCCACCUCUGCACCAGAAAAGGCUGCCCCCAGAAGAAAUGCACCUUCAACCUCCAGCCCCAAGCAGAGGAGCAAGCAGGCAGGGUCGCCGCCCCGGCCGCCCCCCGGACUGUGGUAUCUGGCAGCGGCACCCACAGCACCAGUUCCUCCGGCCUUUGCCUACAUCUCCUCGGUUCCCGUCAUGCCUUAUCCAUCAGCCGCUGUGUACUACGCGCCUCUGGGACCUACCUCAGCCCCGACAGCCCGAGCCGCCGCCGCUGCCGCAGAGUGGCCCCCCGCAGCCUCCUCCAGGCCAGCCCGGGGACCCCGGAACUCCAUCCAGCUGGACCUGGAGGACCUGGAGGAGCUCAACAAGGCCCUGAGCCGAGCCAUGCAGGCUGCCGAGAGCGUCCGCUCCACCACCAAGCACAUGAGCCGCUCCCUGUCGGCCGACCUGCGCCAGGCCCGCGGCCUGCGGGGCUCCUGCCUUUUCUGACGCCACCCUGGGCUGCGAGAUGCAUGGUCAUCAUCCCCCAGGCCGGGGGGCAGCUGAGCCGCUCCCGGUGGCCCCACAGACCCUCCCCAGGAGGGUUCCCUCCGUACCGGCCCUGCCUGCUCAGCCCCUGAGUUUCCAAAACAGAAGGGGUGUCAGCUGGUCCUCAAGAGACGUCACUUCCCAGGGACCUGCGCUGGAGGAGGUGCCGGGGCCAAAGCUACCUUCUGCCCAGAUGCCAUCUGUGGGAGGCUUCUGCUCCUACACCUGGUAUCCAGCUAAUAAUAUGCAUUUUAUUUAGGAUGGACAGAUAUUUUCUUAAACGGACGAGUUUCCCCAUCCUUGGGGCUUCUUAGGAGGCCAGAUAAGAAGGGAGAGGGCCAAGAUUCCUGGCAAAAACUUGUCCACUGCCUGUGACCCGCCCCUCCAGAGUAGGUGUUCCCAGGAAGGAUGUGGCUGGGGACCUUUCUGCUGGUGACUGGUGGUCAGUGGGGCACUUUGAGGCCAUUGGGAUAUCUUAGGAUGACACGCACCCAGCAUCUCCAGGGCUGAGGGGCCUUUCCCACAAGCCUGCUGGGAUGGACACCUGUGGAGGGCCCGGGAAGCCGUCCCCCAUGGCUCCCUUCUGUACCUCACCCCGAGACCCCUAGCACUCCCCUGGGGUCCCUGUGGGAUUGGGCUAGUGGCCAGCUACCUGCCAGGUCCUGGUCUGUGGCCAUGAGGCCAGACCAUCUCCUGCUCCCCGACCCCAUAGCAAGCUCAGACCUCAGCUUUUCUGGAAUGUGUGUGCAUCAGUGAUAUUUGUAUAUGUGAGGCAUUUUUAAAAAAAAUCUAUUUUCGUUA